AUGAGUUGGCUGGAGAAACGAAACGAUGCCAUCCAGGUGAAUCCAAACACCCAGAACAACAAGCAUGUCGAUAUUGCCAUCACUGUUCGUGGAUCGGAUUUCUACUUUGCCAUCUGUGCUGUCAUGGGCUUUGUUGCUUUGGGCGUGAUGGCUGCAUCUGCAAUGAAGCCUCGUACGGACCGUAUCUUCUUCUACAUCACUGCUGCAAUCAACACCACUGCCUGUAUUGCCUACUUCGCCAUGGGCUCCAAUCUCGGCUGGACGCCCAUUGACGUCGAAUGGCAGAGGACAUGGUCCCAGGUUGCUGGCGUCAACCGUGAGGUCUUUUAUGUCCGUUACAUUGAUUGGUUCGUGACCACGCCUCUGCUUCUUAUGGACCUCCUUCUCACUGCCGGCUUACCUUGGCCGACCAUCCUGUGGACCAUCUUCCUUGACGAAGUCAUGAUUGUUACUGGCCUUGUCGGUGCUCUCGUCAAGAGUCGCUACAAAUGGGGCUUCUGGACCUUCGGUACUGUCGCCAUGUUCGCUAUCUUCUGGAAUCUCGCCGUUGAAGGCCGCAAACAUGCCAAGCACCUCGGCUCAGAUAUUGCCCGUACCUACACCAUCUGUGGUUGCUUGACCCUCUUCAUCUGGCUCUGCUACCCCAUCUGCUGGGGUGUGUCCGAGGGUGCCAAUGUCAUUCCUCCAGACUCCGAGGCGGUGUUCUAUGGUGUCCUGGAUUUCCUGGCAAAGCCUGUGUUUUCAAUCGCAUUGAUCAUUGGACAUUGGAACAUCAACCCUGGCCGCAUGGGACUGAAGCUGAGGGACUACGAUGAGGAUCCGGAUUACUUUGGUCCUAAGAAUGGAGCCGAGGCUGCUAAGGAGCGUAGCAAUGGCAGCAGCAGCGGUGUCGAUGGUGGAGCCUAAUCAGGUCCCGGUUUUGUCAAGUCCUGGAAGACAAGGGAAGUAUAUCCAGUCACAGCCUCCCGUCAGAGGUAAGAAUUGUGGAAGUGUUGGAGCGAUUCGGAGCAUACGUAACAAAGCG